AGGCUGCGGGAGACUAUAGAAUAGGAUACGGCUUUUUAUCCAAAGUGAGCUGUGUUGGUGUUGGGGGAACUCUCUUCAAUGGCCUCAUCUCUCUUCACCUCUCCCUCACUCUCUUCAUCUUCUUCUUCUAUCUUUUCCACUUCCGUCAAAUUCUCUUUAAUUUCUCUUCCCUUCCCCGCAAACAAAACCCCUCUUCUCUCUCCCUCUUCCAUCCCAAUUCGAAGGCGCUUCAAUGUCAUUGCUAUGGCUCCCCCUAAACCCGCUGGCAAGGCCAAGAAAGUGGUUGGAAUUAUAAAGCUGGCUCUUGAAGCUGGGAAAGCUACACCUGCUCCUCCCGUUGGCCCUGCUCUUGGUUCGAAGGGUGUAAAUAUUAUGGCUUUCUGCAAGGAUUACAAUGCUAGAACCGCGGAUAAGCCUGGUUAUGUCAUUCCUGUCGAAAUCACAGUCUAUGAUGAUAAAAGCUUUACUUUCGUAUUGAAGACCCCGCCUGCUUCGGUUCUGCUUCUUAAAGCCGCUGGGGUGGAAAAGGGUUCAAAAGACCCCAAGGGGGAAAAGGUAGGAAAGGUGACAAUUGAUCAAUUGCGUGCCAUUGCUACUGAGAAGCUACCGGACUUGAAUUGCUCGAGUAUGGAAUCGGCUAUGAGAAUUAUAGCGGGCACUGCGGCAAAUAUGGGGAUUGAUGUUGAUCCGCCUGUCCUUCAACCCAAACAGAAGGAACUUCUCUAGUAGAGUUUCACUUUGGCCAACUAAAGCUGAUCACUGAGCAUUUGCAUCACAUAAACAUAUAGCAGACAAGCCAACCUUCUCAAAGUUGCAAUGUAGUAGAUAAAGUUGCAUAAAGUUUUUAAUCACAAUCGAGCUUUCCUGUGCGAAGUAGUAGUUUCAUGAGAAACUUCUCCAUGGAUAAAAGCUCUAUGAGAUCACCAAGACUAUUUUUCCUACUAUAUCAGCAAUCUUAAAUAGCAAGUUUGAUGCCUUGACAUAAUCGCCUUGUUUGCAAUAAGCAUGCACGAGGGUGUAUAACUAAUUAAUCUCCUUCCUUUUGCAUUCGUUAUGAGUUCAUCAGCGUCUUUAAUCCUUCCAAGUCCCAUCUGUACAAGAAAAUUUAAUCAUAAUGUGAGUUGUAAUUUUUUUUUA